UUUCCUAUCUGUUUUUCUCAAGAAUGGAGCUCUUGAGGCAACAGAUUGCCACUGCGAGGCAAUCCCUUUUCUCUGAGGAAAUCCUCGACAUGAGCCAAUUCAUGCAAUUGGAGCGACUUGAGGAUAAAGACAGCCCCAACUUUGUGGAACAAACUUUGUCCUUGUAUUUCAGUGAUGCAACUAAGGCCAUCGCUGCCAUAGAACAAGCACUCAUGCCGAGUGAAUUUGUACUCCUGGAUUUCAACAAGCUGGGCAUACAGCUUCAUCGGCUCAAAGGCAGCUCUGCCAGCGUUGGUGCUAAAAAGGUGUUGACAAGAGUCAUUAAAGCAUUGGAAUGUUGCAGGAAGGGUGACAUGGAAGGAUGCAAGGCUGCAGUUCGGAUAUUGAAACAAGACUAUAACACCCUGAGGGACAGACUCCAAACUUAUUUUCAGUUGUUACAAAGUCAGGCUAGAUUUGCCGAGACAUGACUUGAACACCACCCCCCCCCCCCCAAUUGGACUUUGGGUUCCUUAUAGUAAAAGGGGUGGAAAGUCAUUUCUUUAGAAACCCUCGUAUGUAUGUUACUUUAAUUUUGGGAGAAUUUGUCACCUUUAAUUAGUGAGUUCCAUGGUUUUGGAAUUAUAGUAAAACCUUCCUCUUUGUCUUGAAA